AUGCCCGUUUUGCUAGAAAUUUGUGUUGAUACUUUCGAAUCGGCCGUGGCAGCGAUUCAGGGUGGUGCCGAUAGGAUAGAACUGUGCUCCGCACUCAGUGAGGGAGGCCUAACACCGACGGUAGGAUUGGUGCGACAAAUUAAACUAUACCUAUCAGAAUGCGCUACCCUUGACGCGAAAGGCACCCGAAAACAUGUUCCGGUGUAUUGCAUGAUACGCUGCCGAAGGGGCAGUGAUUUCUGUUACUCCGAGCAGGAAAUGAAUGCAAUGCUUUGGGAUUUGCAAGCACUGAAACAAAACGGUGCCGAUGGGAUUGUGUUUGGUGCACUGGAACCAUCCGGCAGGGUACAUCGGGAGCAUUGCGAACAAAUUGCCAAUGCGGCGGAAAAGCUUCCACUUACCUUUCACCGUGCAAUCGAUUGUACUGAGGAAACGCAACUGGAAGAGAAUCUUAAGCUUGUGGCACAGCUAGGAUACACGACUGUGCUAACGAGUGGUUUAAAUCCAACGGCUGAGCAAGGAGUGGAAACAAUCGUGCGCAUGAAGACUAUAGCCACGAAUAUCGAGGAGAUUACUGGUACACGCCUUCGAGUAAUGCCUGGUUCUGGGAUAUCGUCAGCAAAUGCGUUGAACAUUUUGCAACGAACCGGCUGUGAUGCAAUACACGGAUCGGCAAGCAUUAUAAAACCAAUGGAAAAUGAAACCGGUGCAACUAAGCUGCCGAUGGGAGCAAGUAAUGUGGAUGCUUCGCCCCUAAAAGUGUGCAGUAAAGCCAAAGUGCAAGAGCUGCGCAGUUUAAUUGAUAGUAUUUGA